CAACCUCAACCCCUCAGCUCUCACGUCGGAGUUGCGGCAUGCUUCGGCAAUCAGCCACAUGGGAUACCUAAUUGAUCUACGAUUCCACCUAUUGGUGGGGAUAACAAAUUGUCUCAUGCAUAUGAUAACUAAUAAUGUCUUCGUCUCUGCUGACUCGACAGUCUCCCUUACUCAGUCUACCUAUCUUCACAGCUAGCCGACGAGCACACCAGCAAUAUCAACAUCAUGGGUCGAUUAAAUGAUAAGGUCGCCAUCGUUACAGGUGCCGGAUCAGGUUUCGGGGCCGGUAUAUCCCAAGCAUUCGCAGGAGAAGGCUGUAAGGUACUUGUCUGCGACAUCAAUCAGAUCGGUGGCGAAGCCACCGUCAAAUCGAAUCCCUCCAUGAUGGCAUUCCACAAGAUGGACGUUACGAAAGGUGCAGACUGGAAGUCGACAAUGGACGCCGCGAUCCAGAAGUUUGGCAAAGUGGACAUUUUAGUAAACAACGCUGGCACUAGUUACAGGAAUAAGCCUACAGUGGAUGUCACAGAGGAGGAAUUUCAGAGGACGUUCGAUGUGAAUGUGAAAGGCGUUUAUUUGGGAUGCAAUGCAUGGGUCCCCCAGGCGAUUGAGCGCAAAGAAGGAGGCGUCAUCAUUAAUAUCGCGAGUGUUGGUGCGACAAGACCACGACCGGGAUUGGUGUGGUAUAAUGCGUCGAAAGGCGCGAUAUGGAACGCGACAAAGGGUCUUGCAGCGGAAUAUGGCGCUCAUCAAAUCCGAUGUGUAAGCAUCUGUCCUUUGGUCACUGGGACGGGGCUCUUCUCAUCUUUCACUGGGAUGGAGGAUACACCAGAGAACCGCCAAAAGUUCACGUUCAACGUGCCAAUGGGGAGAAUUGGCGAAGUUGAUGACGUUUCGUCUGCCUGUGUGUUUAUGGCUAGCACUGAGGCAAAAUUUAUAACCGGCGUCAACUUAGAAGUUGACGGAGGCAGAUGCAUCUAGAGAAUGACAGGAUGAUGAAUGUCACCUGGAGAAGAAAGUUGGUAGUCCAAGUGUACCCAUGAAGGAAACAUGUGCCAUCAUCGAAGGUAUAUAUUUUUUUUGUUAACCAUGACAGCAUC